GACAAACAUCGCGCUCGCAUUCGAUUAUGCCACAUCCGAGGACUGCCUGAACUUGAACGUGUUUACGCCAGUGAGCGAGCCGACCGAGCCGCUGCCCGUGGUCAUCUGGCUCCACGGUGGCUCCAACGUCGCUGGGAGCGCGACGUCCCACGGCCCCGUCGAGUGGCUCGUCAACGGCAUGGAGAACAGCGUGAUUGUGGUCUCCAUCAACUCCCGGCUUGCCGCGCUCGGCUUCUUGGCGCUGGAGGUGCUCGCGACCGAGGACCCGCGCAACGUCUCUGGCAACUACGCCAUCCUCGACCAGCAGCUCGCGAUGCGCUGGGUCAAGCGCGAGAUCGAGCACUUCGGCGGCGACCCCAAUCGCGUGUUUCUCCUUGGGCAGUCUUCCGGCGGCACUAACAUCAUGGCCCACCUGAUCGCGCCCGAGUCCGUGCCGCUCUUCGCCGGGGCCAUCUCGCUCUCGGGAUCACCCAACAUCACGAUGAACAAAGCGGACAAGUACGAGCAGGACCGCAAGUACUGGCUGGACAACACCCCUUGCAAGGACACCGAGCCUGCGGCCGAGCAGCUGGCGUGCAUGCGCAAACUCUCCGUCGCGGAGGUCAUGCAAGCCAUGGACACGACCUGCAAGACCGACAUCGAGCCGAACGACAAGAACCCCUUCCCCAGCGAGAUCGCCUGCACGGGCGACGGAGGGCGGUACAACUUGUGGAAUCAGGACUCGCAGGUGCCCGUCGACCCCUCGCUCGGCCAGAUGGGCUUUGGCCUCCCAUUCAUCGACGGCCACACGCUCGACGGCGGCUCCAACAGCUCCAUCCUCACGGGGCUGAAGAAGACGUUCUCCAACGCUUCCGCGCCCGCGGUCAUUUUCCAGACCUUGUCGGCGGAGCACAACUGGCCGCCGUCUAACGCGUUCACCAAGGCCAGCUACGAGGACAAUGGCGCGCGUGGCUUGCUGGACAAACAGCUGGGCGUGUGCAUGAGAGACGGAGACGACCUCAAGCGCCCGUGCUGCCAGAGUUGCACCGGGUCACCCGGCAACGCCGUCGACAACCAGUUUGGCACGGAGUCGGUUCUCCUCUCCGACUUCUUGGACACGGUCUUCAACCUUACCGAGAAUGACACCGAGAACAGAGCCGACGACCCGCACUGGAAGCUAUAUCCGGCCUACGCCCUGACGGCCGACGCCGGCGCGACUUGCGGCAACGUUGAGCUUGCGCUUGCAGCUGCGAGUGGCGGGAAUGUGGGCAAGAUCUUCGUGAGCACCGUCGUCACGCCCCCUUCGAACCCCGUCUUCGCCGGCUCGUGCUUCAUCCGCUCGACCAUGCCGUUCCAUUCUUGGGAUUUUCUCGCCGCUCUGCAGGCGAGCAACCCGGACGGGGCGGAUAAGCCUUGGCGCGCGGGCAAGAUGGACAACCCACACGGGUAUGCCGUCAGCUGUGGAGAGGAGGAUGACGAGACCCCCGCGAAGCAGCCCUACCAGCCUUCUACUCGCGACGUCGAGUUUGGAAAGCAGGUGCUGGGCCAGUGGCUGGCCUUCAUCAAGACGGGGAAGCCCGGAUGGGAUGCCGUCGGCUCGAGCGACUGGUCGGACUACCAGCACGGCAAGAUCACCGACAAGCCCGCCAUGACGGUGCCGAGCUACAAGCAGCCGGCGUGCGACAACCUCAAGAAGGCUGGGGUGGACAUCAACUGGUGGUGGGUCAACUGAGAGGCUUGGCCGGCCGCUCACCGCACCCCCGGCGCCACAGCUGAGCGCGACCAACCUAGCGCGCUCCCUCGCCACACGCGCGCGCGCGGACGCAUGGAGAUCCGCGCGCGUGCCACACAUGCAUACUCUCCAUGCCGCGAGCCCGCGCCUGCGCCGCUCGUCUCGUGCGAUGGCACGUCGCCUGCUAGGUCGCCCGUGCCCCGGAGCUACGCCGCCGCGGCCCCGGCCGCAUCUCCACCGUCCACGCGUCGUAAGUCGUAUCCACAUGGUUCAUGCCC